AAACUAAAUAUUGCUAAGUGAAAAGGUCAUUACUAUGCUCAAGUCGACCAUUAUAGAUACACGUAUUCGGUUACGUCCGUCUAAAAAGCUGUUGGAUUUGCUGGACGCGCAAAAGGAGCACUUCAAGGAAUUACCCGAUAAUGUAGCCCAGUUGCUUAAGUCUAACGGCUACGUGGUCCCAUUAGGUGUACAAAUUAUUAAAGCCAAUGAAAAGCAAUAUAAGCGACCCACAAUUGAUGUAGUUUUGCUGGAGAAACUCACAGCAGAUGUGAUUGAUGAUCCUUUGAUUGCAAAAAGCGACUCUGAAGCUACAGAGGAGGAUGAGACACCUGAAGAAGAUCAGGACCAGCGGCAGCAGCCGAAGGGACCCACCUCUUUUUUGUACUUGUCUGAUUUACAUUGGCUAAACACAUUUAUGAGUGAGCUGCGAUCCAAAAACAUUUGCAAUGUCUUUCUCUAUCAAAUAAUAGAGAGCUCUGAGCUUAUUUUGCCUGAGAAUGAGCUAAAGCCUCGUAACCCAGAGCUGGAAGCACGAUGUCAACGCUUGCGUGAAGAGCAACAAAAUCGGGAAUACCACAAGAUGACCAAAAAUGUAGACGCAGGUCUGAAACAUUACCCUGAGGACACCAUUGCUUAUCAAAUGAAAAGUAUAAACAAGCAAAUUAUAGCAGUAGCUCAAUUCAUUUUCUCGGUGGCUGCUGGCUUUGUGUUCGGCUUUUUGGGCAUUAAUUUGAUAGUAGGCGGUCUGCCCUUUGGUUUCAGGCUCCUCCUUGGUGUCAUUUGUGCACUAGUAAUAGCCUUGGCUGAGAUGUACUUUUUGGCAAAAAAGCUGCACGAGUACGACGAGGUUUUGGAUGCGCCCAAACGCAAAAAACCUGAACCACCGACUACUAGCAAGGGGCAGCGGGCUAAACAACAUGCUGAAUAGAACAAUAUUUGUCCAUUUUAUAGCAUAAAUUUGUAUUAUUUUUGCUGCUGCAUCGUUGGCAUCGUCGUUUAUUUAAAAUAAUUAAAUAAUUGUAAAUUUUUUAUUAAUUUAAUGAGAGCAUAGAGGUCCUUGGUGAAGGACUACGCUCCUUUUUCAUUUUAUAUAAAUAUGCUUUCGAAUAUAUGUAUAUUAAAUAUGUGUUCCUCAA